CAAGCAAGCCACCUUUUCGGCUCUUUCGUCACUCAAAUUCAAGGCCAUGAGGACUUGGAUUGUUCCCGUGGCAGCCCUUGCGCUGCUCCUUGGCACCGCCACCACGGCCUUUGCUGAGCGCUGCGGUGAUGGCAUCCUGGACGCCGGCGAGUACUGCGAUGAUGGAAACCGAUUCAACCGCGAUGGUUGCUCCGGUCUUUGCACCGUUGAGCCUGGCUUCCGCUGCGUCCAGCCUGACUCUGGCCCAUCUGACUGCAACCCAGACAUGCCCAACACCUGCCCCAACGUUGGCCCAUACUCCACGGUGAGCCCGCGCACGGCGUGCGACGGCUACGAGCCCGAGCUCGACCAGUUUGGCGACCUCAUCUUCUGCGGCCAGAGCGGCCACGCGUGCCCCACCAACUCCUUCUGCGGCGGCCGCGACUACUGCUGCAGCUACAACGUUGCCAGCACCACCACCGCACGCACCACAACGCGCGCUACCACCACCACGCGCGCUACCACCACGACCACCACCCGUCGUCCCACCACCACGACCACGCGUACCACGACCACGCGCACGACGACUCGUCCUCCCACGACCACCACGACCCGCACCACCACGCGCCCUCCGACAACCACCACGACCACCACGCGCCGUACCACAACCCGCGCCCCCACCACGACCACUGCUCGCCGCACCACAACCGAGUGCGUGACUCGCACGUGCCGCUGCAAGCCUGGCUCUGUUGAGCAGCGCUGGAUCGAGGAUGGCUGCUGGACUUGCGCCUGUGUGCCCGAGGGCUACACCACCACCACGGCACGCACCACCACCCGCAGGACCACCACCCGCACUACCACCCGUGCUCCAACGACCACCCGUGCCCCCACCACUACGACUCGUGCCCCAACCACGACUACUCGCGCCCCAACAACUACUCGUGCCCCCACGACCACUGACCGCCGCACCACGACCGAGUGCGUCACGCGCACGUGCCGCUGCAAGCCUGGCUCUGUUGAGCAGCGCUGGAUCGAGGAUGGCUGCUGGACUUGCGCCUGUGUGCCCGAGGGCUACACCACCACCACGGCGCGCACCACCACCCGCAGGACCACCACCCGCACUACCACCCGUGCCCCCACCACGACCACCACGCGUGCCCCCACCACGACCACUCGUGAUACGCGCACCACCACCCGCGAUAUGCGCACCACCACGACAGACAGCGGCCUUUGCGGCGGCUGGGCGCCCACUCGCGACCACACCGGUUCCCUCAUCUACUGCGCCCGCGAUGGCCACGCCUGCCCCGAUGACUCGUUCUGCGGCGCCCGCGACUACUGCUGCCCUGAGGGCUCCCCAACCACCACCACACGCCGUACCACAACACGCGAUACGCGCACCACCACCACGCGUGCCUCAACCACCACUGUGACGCGCCCGCCAACGACGACUGGCCGCACCACCACGCGCGCGCCAACCUCCACCCCGCGCUGCCGCCUUCGCGAGUGCCGCUGCAAGCCCGGCUCGUACGAGCUGACGUGGAUUGAGGACGGCUGCAUCAACUGCGCCUGCGUCCCGGACGGCUACACGACAACUACCUCUCGCCCCACCACCACCCGCACCAGCCGCACCACCACCGUCACUCGCCCGCCAAGGACCACCACCACGCAGAGGCGAACCACGACACGCCCCCCGGCCACCACCACCACCCGCCGGACCACCACCCCAUACACGACCACCCCCAGCAUCUGCAACACGCACCGCAUCAGCAGCGAGUCUGCAUGCGACUCUCUCUGCGGCGGUCUGUACGAGUUCUACGGCCCCGCCGAGUACCUGCCUCUCUGCCUGAACAACCUCUGCUUCUGCUACACCACCACCACGACGACGACGACGACAACCACGACAACUACGACUACCACGACCACGACUACCACGACCACGACCACGACCCUUCCCGUCUGCUACACCAACCGUGUGCGCAGCCGCCAGCAAUGCGACCGUCGCUGCGGUGGCUCCUACACCUUCUACCCGAAGCGCGCCUACGACCCCGACUGCAACCACCGCCUGUGCUUCUGCAUCAACCGCCGCCGUUCUGUUGAGGACGAGGCUGUCGUUGCUGCUGUUGAGCCCCACGCUGUUGCCCGCCGCUCCACAGACAUCUGCAACUGCCGUUCCGACGAGGCCACCACAUACAUCUUCGAUUCCAACGGCUGCGCCUCCUGCCUCUGCCAGGCGCCUCAACUGUGCCAGGCGGACGCGCUUCUCUCUGACGGCUCAGCGUGCUCCUGCGAUGCCAACUGCUGGGAGUGCCAGCAUGACGGGCGCCAGGCCGGCUUCUGCCAAGUCUGCAAGAACGGUCGCUUCCAGUACGGUGGCCAGUGCCUCGACACGUGCCCUCGCGACUACGUUGGCGUUGGCAGUGGCAACUUCUACCGCCGCUGCGUGCACCAGUCUCUCCUCGCCAACCCUGCAUCUGUUGUCACGGAGCAGGUGCGCAGCGAGGACCAGACCUCCUCCGAUGGCAGCGGCAACGCUGGCGGCAUGUCUGGCACUGGCGUUGUCCUCGUCGUCGUUGGCUCCGUCUUCAUCAUCUGCGUCGCCGUCGCAGCCGUCGUCGUCAUCCAACGGUCGCGCCGCCGCCAGCGUGAGGCCGAGACGGCCCUCUCGCGCGAGGCAAACAUGCUGGAGUUUGAUGAGAACCUCUAA